AAGCCCCGCCCCCCUCAUGUAACACUGUCUUCCCCGGUCUUUGACUGACAGGCGCUCGGCUGGCAGCUCCGUGCCAUGCAUGCUUCCUCGCUGCCGGAUGGAGACACUCGCAGACGGGGACAACAGACACACCGAGAGAGAGAGACACACACUUCUUCCUAUCCUUUUGCCGGAAUCGAACAGGGCGCUAACUGACUGACGACGACGACACCCGCCGGAACAUGUCGAGUUGUCGUCGGCGGCUCUUUUAGCCUACAGAACGCCCGCCCUCGCCAUCGACUUGCCCGGUGCAAGUGGCAUCGAUUACCCCCCCUUGUAAGGCAGGACGGUUGGAUGGAAGACGGCUAGAGCUACUGGUGUCCUCAUCGUGGAUCUUCUUUAUUUUUAUUAUUAUUGAAAAAAAAAAAAUAUAUAUAUAUAUAUAUAUAUAUAAAAAAAUAAUUUUUGCUUUUGUGACCCGGACUAAUAAGCGGCUGCCUCGGGGGCCAUCUCUGCCAUGGCCGCCGGGGAGCCUCUGAGGACCACUUUCGUCCCUUUUCGCUCAUUUUCACUCCCGACUCGGAUGGAAACGCCGUUGUAGUGCUGCUAUUCCGGGCAGCUCCCCAGUACACACCACCGCACUCCCAGCGGGCGUGUGCGCGCUGAUAUUCGGCCCAAAAAAAAAAAAGAAAAAAAAAAAAAGGGCGACGGUAAAGCUUUUCUUCCGCCCGGAGCAACAUGGCGGGCGAGCGGGGCUGGGGACGCUGGCACAGGCUCGCCCUGGCUCCUCCAUGCUAGCCGAGGCGGAUGGCAGCGCCAGCUCUAUGCGGACAAACAGCGACCCUCAGCCCAAAGCGGACUCCUCGAUCCUCAUCUCCAAGAUGGAAGCCGUCGUCAUUCCCUUCUCGUCCGAGGUGCCCUGCGACAAUAACGGGCAGCGCAUGUGGUGGGCGUUCCUCGCCUCCUCCAUGGUGACCUUCUUCGGGGGACUCUUCAUCAUCCUGCUGUGGAGGACCCUCAAGUACCUGUGGACUGUUUGCUGCCACUGCAACGUUAAAAACAAGGAGUCUCAUAAAGUGAACAACCCUGCCAACAACCAGGCAGCAGACAAGGCACUAAAGGGUCCUGAUGAAAAGGAGGAGGUCCCGAUCAGCGAGGUGGGAUGGAUGACUUCGGUCAAAGACUGGGCCGGUGUCAUGAUCUCUGCUCAGACGCUCACCGGCAGAGUUCUGGUGGUGUUAGUAUUUGCACUCAGCAUCGGGGCGCUUGGAAUAUACUUUAUUGACUCCUCAGACCCUAUAGAGUCCUGUCAGAACUUCUACGAAGACUUCACGUUACAGAUCGAUAUGGCCUUCAACGUCUUCUUCCUGCUUUACUUCGGUCUGCGGUUUAUCGCAGCCAACGACAAGCUGUGGUUCUGGCUGGAGGUCAACUCGGUGGUCGACUUCUUCACCGUCCCUCCCGUCUUUGUGUCCGUCUACCUAAACAGAAGCUGGCUGGGUUUGAGAUUCCUAAGAGCGCUGCGAUUGAUACAGUUCUCGGAAAUCUUGCAGUUUUUGAACAUCUUGAAAACAAGCAAUUCCAUCAAGCUGGUGAACCUGUGUUCCAUCUUCAUAAGCACAUGGCUUACCGCUGCGGGAUUCAUACAUUUGGUGGAAAACUCAGGGGAUCCUUGGGAAAACUUCCAAAACUCCCAGCCGCUCUCCUACUGGGAAUGUGUCUACCUCCUGAUGGUGACCAUGUCCACAGUGGGAUAUGGGGAUGUCUAUGCAAAAACCACCUUGGGGCGCCUGUUCAUGGUCUUCUUUAUCCUCGGCGGUUUGGCCAUGUUUGCUCGCUACGUGCCAGAAAUUGCUGCUCUCAUCCUUAAUCGGAAGAAAUACGGCGGGAGUUAUAACUCGACACGAGGCCGAAAGCACAUUGUGGUCUGUGGUCAUAUUACCCUCGAAAGUGUCUCCAACUUCCUCAAAGACUUCCUACACAAGGACAGGGAUGAUGUCAAUGUAGAAAUUGUUUUUCUCCAUAAUAUUUCCCCUAAUCUUGAGCUGGAAGCCUUGUUCAAACGCCAUUUUACCCAAGUAGAGUUCUACCAGGGAUCUGUGCUCAACCCCCACGACCUGGCUCGAGUCAAGAUCGAGUCAGCGCAUGCCUGCCUCAUCCUGGCCAACAAAUACUGUGCAGAUCCCGAUGCGGAAGACGCCUCCAACAUCAUGAGGGUCAUCUCCAUCAAGAACUACCACCCCAAGAUCAGAAUAAUCACACAGAUGCUUCAAUAUCACAAUAAGGCCCAUCUGCUGAACAUUCCAAGCUGGAACUGGAAGGAGGGCGACGACGCCAUCUGCCUGGCCGAGCUGAAGGCGGGCUUCAUCGCCCAGAGCUGCCUGGCCCAGGGCCUGUCCACCAUGCUGGCCAACCUCUUCUCCAUGAGGUCCUUCAUCGAGAUCGAGGAGGACACCUGGCAGAAGUAUUACCUUGAAGGAGUGGCUAAUGAGAUGUACACAGAGUAUUUGUCCAGUGCCUUUGUGGGCCUCUCCUUCCCCACUGUGUGCGAGCUGUGUUAUGUGAAGCUGAAGCUGUUGCUCAUUGCCAUCGAGUACAAGUCGGAGCAAAGAGAGAGCAGAAGCCGAAAGCGCAUCCUCAUCAACCCGGGCAACCACGUCAAGUUGCAGGAAGGAACGCUGGGGUUUUUUAUCGCCAGCGACGCUAAAGAAGUCAAGAGAGCUUUUUUCUACUGCAAAGCUUGUCACGACGACAUCACCGACGCCAAGCGGAUCAAGAAGUGUGGCUGCAAACGACCCAAGAUGUCCGUCUACAAGCGAAUGAAACUGGCAUGUUGUUUUGAUUGCGGCCGUUCGGAGCGCGACUGCUCUUGCAUGUCAGGCAGUGUACAUAGUAACAUGGACACCCUUCAGAGGGCCUACCCACUUUCCUCUGUCUCUGUUCAUGAUUGCGCAACCACUUUACGUGCCUCCAAAUAUAAGUAUAACGGAUAUGUCAGAUCACCAGCAGAUGGCGCUACAACACCAGGGAACAGUGGAAGCCAAAAAGAGACUGGCGUUCGAUUCAAAGCUGAUUGCAGUUUAGUCGAAGACGAGCAUCCGUCGACGCUCUCGCCCAAAAAAAAGCAGCGCAACGGAGGGAUGCGGAACUCGCCCAACUGCUCGCCCAAAAUGAUGAGUAGACACGACCCCCUUCUAAUACCUGGUAAUGAACAAAUUGAAAACAUGGACAUGAAUGUGAAGAGGUAUGACUCUACCGGAAUGUUUCACUGGUGCCCGUCAAAAGACAUCGAAAAGGUUAUCCUGACCCGGAGCGAGGCCUCCAUGACGGUCCUGAGCGGCCAUGUGGUGGUCUGUAUAUUUGGGGAUGUCACGUCCGCUUUAGUGGGGCUGCGAAACUUGGUGAUGCCUUUAAGAGCCAGCAACUUUCACUUUCACGAACUCAAGCCCAUCGUUUUUGUGGGCUCGCUGGACUAUCUGCGGCGGGAGUGGGAGACGCUACAUAACUUCCCCAAGGUCUCCAUCCUCCCUGGUACGCCAUUAAGUCGGGCAGAUUUAAGGGCUGUCAACAUCAACCUCUGCGACAUGUGCGUAAUACUGUCAGCCAAUCAGAACAAUAUCGAAGAUGCUUCACUGCAGGAUAAGGAAUGCAUCUUGGCAUCGCUCAACAUCAAGUCUAUGCAGUUUGAUGACAGCAUCGGGGUCUUGCAGGCAAAUUCCCAAGGUUUCACGCCUCCCGGAAUGGACAGGUCAUCCCCAGACAGCAGCCCGGUACAUGGCUUUGUGCGUCAGGCUUCCGUCACCACCGGAUCCAACAUCCCCAUCAUCACGGAAUUAGACAAACCGGCCAAACCUCUGCCGUCGGUUUCGCUCAGUCAGGAAAAAAAAAGUGGGAUCAACAUACAAAUGAUAACAGAGUUGGUGAACGACUCCAACGUUCAAUUCUUGGACCAAGACGACGACGACGACCCCGACACGGAGCUGUACCUCACGCAGCCCUUCGCCUGUGGCACCGCCUUCGCCGUCAGCGUCCUGGACUCUUUGAUGAGCGCCACGUACUUCAACGACAACAUCCUCACGCUGAUCCGGACGCUGGUCACAGGAGGAGCCACGCCGGAGCUGGAGGCUCUGCUAGCCGAGGAGAACGCCCUCCGAGGAGGCUACAGUACGCCGCAGACGCUGGCCAACAGAGACAGGUGUCGCGUGGCCCAGCUGGCCCUCUACGACGGGCCCUUCGCUGACUUGGGGGAUGGCGGCUGCUACGGGGAUUUGUUCUGUAAAGCACUGAAGACGUACAACAUGCUGUGCUUUGGCAUCUACAGAUUGAGAGAUGCUCAUCUAAGCGGGUCAAGCCCUUGCACAAAACGAUACGUGAUCACCAACCCGCCGUACGAGUUCGAGCUGGUGCCCACAGACUUGAUCUUCUGCCUCAUGCAGUUCGACCACAACGCGGGCCAGUCUCGGACCAGCUUGUCCCACUCGUCUCACUCCUCUCAUUCCUCCAGCAAAAAGAGCUCCUCCGUCCACUCCGUCCCGCCUUCCAACCGGCAGAACCGCAGCAGUAAAACCCGGGAAGCCAGAGAAAAACAGAAUGCAACAAGGAUGAAUAGAAUGGGUCCAGAAAAGAAAUGGUUUACAGAUGAAGCGGACAACGCCUACCCACGGAACAUUCAGAUCAAGCCCAUGAGCACUCAGAUGGUCAACCAAGUCAACCAAUACAAAUCCACCAGUAGUCUGAUUCCACCAAUCAGAGAAGUCGAAGAUGAAUGCUGAACCCUUUUGAACUGCUCUUGUUUUCACGAGCACCGUUGGAGGAGCGUUGAGGAAUCGAAGAACUGAUAGGUCGGGACCUCCUAUGUGUAUACCUUUAAUGUUACUUCCAUGCUCUUUGGACAUUGUUUUAUUUAUUGAUGUAUCCAUAGAGAUGUACAUAAUGACAAUCAAACACGCAUUGUACAGCCCCUCCUCCCCCUCCUUAGCACUUUUUGGAAUUAUUAUUAAUUUAGGAUUGGACAGCGACGAGGAUGAAAAGAAGAAAAAGAACAACCAAGGAAGGAGAAGAAAGCCAGUACUUCCUGUAACUCUUUGCAAUAGUUUGUUUGUGACCCGACUCCACUGAGGCUCUAAGGAGGAUGAGGGUUGCAUCGUCAGGACCCAAAGAUCCAAGCGGACUCUUCCAAGCAGCUGGGCUCAUUUCGUUUCUCCAUCCUGUGUACUUCUGUUCUAUUUGCACUAAAACCAAGUUCCCCGCCAAGGAACUGUGGGUCUCGGAUUGGGGACGAGACGGGAUCCCUAACUAUUAGUAAGCUCCUAUCAUCUUUCAUGGACAUUGCUUUCCUUCGGCGGGCGGGCUUGUCUGGAGUUAGCUCAAAAAGACCUUGCAUCCGUACCCGAACCCAACCGUGUUUGAACGAGCAGCAGCAGAGAUCACAGAGUUGAUGAAAAGAAAGGCCACGUAUCGCGUAAAAGUGGGCAUGAAGCGGGUCCUCCGUUGACCGUACCAGACUGCCUGGCACAGGGUUGGCUCGGAGGCUUGGAUGUUCUCCGUUGUCAAUCCAGAUGUUUAAAAAAAAACCAAAAAAAAGACUCUCAGGAGUUAAGCUGCUCUGCGAACGGUUCAAACCUGGUUGGGUGGAAGAUGCAAUGCCAAUCAAGGACAGCUGUGGGGUUUUAGUUUUGUCUACACGAGCUAGUGGUUUUCAAAGUGUGGCAAACACAAUGCAGCCGUACCUCAACUUAAGUGUUUCCCGGUUAAUUGCUAUGGUUGCAAGCAAAAAUUGGAGAUACCAGCAUCCCCGCCGUUCGUUGACGUAGCGAAUGGCACAGUGAACUUGCUAAGAGCGACCCCAGAACAACGGGUGUUGCUCACAACACAUUUGUUUUCCAACCAUUGGAGCUAAGAACAUGAGUCUGAAGGACAGUACUGAGAAGAAGUUGACGUAGCGAAUGGCACAGUGAACUUGCUAAGAGCGACCCCAGAACAACGGGUGUUGCUAACAACACAUUAGUUUUCCAACCAUUGGAGCUAAGAACAUGAGUCUGAAGGACAGUGCUGAGAAGAAGUCGCGACGAUGAUUUGAGAUACAAGAGUUCUGAGUUAAGAGCUCCGUCGCAGAACCAAAUAACCACAUAAGUUGAGGUACUACAAGAAAAUGGUGUUUAGGAAAUGAAAAUCAAUCAAUUUAGCCUUUAAACAUGACCGAAGUUAGCUUAGCGAUAUGUUUUUCAAGUUGCACUUUGAAAACCGCUGGUCGAAAACUCUUUGCACAUGACUACGAUUUUUUUUGUAUAUUUUUUUUUUCUUACACACCAAGUACUACCGCGAUUCAGCAUCAUGGUAAUUGUGGCUGGUACUCAGAGGUAAUUGGCUAGUGUUGUAUGAGGUGAGUUAUACGUUUAUAUUAUUAGUGCUGUCAAACUAUAUAUUUUUAAUUUGUAAGAAUUGUGAUUAAUCACAGAAUAUUACUCGGUAGAGAACGAGACUCUGUCCCAGGUGGAGGAGUUUAAGUAUUUCGGGGUCUUGUUCACGAGUGAGGGAAAGAUGGAGAAGGAAAUCAGCCGGAGAAUGGGGGCAGCUGGGGCAGCAUUGCAGUCUCUCUGCCGCACUGUUGUGACGAAACGAGAGCUGAGCCAGAAGGCAAAGCUCUCGGUCUACCGAGCUAUCUACAUUCCUACUCUCACCUAUGGUCAUGAAGUGUGGGUCAUGACCGAAAGAAUAAGAUUGCGGAUACAAGCAGAAGGGUGGCCGGCAUCUUCCUUAGAGAUAGGGUGAGAAGUUCAGUCACCCGAGAGAGACUCGGAGUAGAGCCACUGCUCCUUCGCUUGGAAAGGAACCAGCUUAGGUGGUUCAGGCAUCUCGUGCGGAUGCCUCACGAGCGUCUCCCUAGGGGGGUCCUCGUUGCACGUCCCACUGGGAGGAGACCCCGUGGCAGGCC